UGCGCGCGUGGGAUUGAGAGUGUUUUCUCUGUGUCAGCAUAUUGAUUUUGAAUGACAGGUGACAUGUAAUAACAGCGGUGCGAUGAAAGCAGUGCCCUGUUCCCUAGAUACGCCGGAUGAGAGUCUGUGAAAUCAAGAGGUUGCUGAGUGCUCUCUCACUCCCCCCUCUCUGGAGUUGUCAGGCGGCUUUGACGGGGGACGUAAAGGACCAGUGGUGUGUGAGAUUCGAUAGUUAGAAGCACAGCCCACUGGAGGGAGAGGCUUUGAGAAGGGAGAGCGAGGGAGGCGUUGGAUCGAUCGCGGGACUGACACGGAGCGGGUGCCAUGUGGACAGGGACCUCUGUCUGUCCUUUGGGACUAAGAGAAAGCCAAUGAGUCUUUAAAACAGGGAGGGCUGAAGAUGUGAAUGUGCACUUAAGACAAAGAUGAAUGCUGAGCUUUUUAUACUUGCAAAGUGAAUAACUUCUACGCUGUAUUGUUUGGUGUGAGUGCUCAGCCGGUUUUAGAUACUGAUUCCUUGAAGAAAUUAGACACCUUAGCACACUCUAAGGAGGCUGUUUCUCCAAUGUCCCAGUACUCCAGAAGAAGCCCAUGCUAACAGUGCGUGGACUGAACAACACCAUUUCAUUAAGAGCAGUGCCAAACAUGUGAGAAGAUGUCUGUUGGAGGUUGUGCUUGCCCAGGCUGUUCGUCCAAGUCAUUCAAGCUGUACUCCCCAAAGGAGCCCCCCAACGGUAGUGCCUUCCCUCCAUUUCACCCAGGCGCAAUGCUGGAUAGAGAUGUGGGUCCGACACCGAUGUAUCCCCCAUCUUACAUGGAGCCUGGAAUAGGGAGGCACACACCGUAUGGAAAUCAAACAGACUACAGAAUAUUUGAGCUCAACAAAAGACUACAGAAUUGGACAGAGCAGGACUGUGACAAUUUGUGGUGGGAUGCAUUCACUACAGAGUUUUUCGAAGACGAUGCAAUGCUGACGAUCACUUUCUGUCUGGAAGAUGGGCCCAAACGAUAUACUAUUGGUAGGACGUUGAUCCCUCGGUACUUCAGGAGUAUUUUUGAGGGCGGAGCCACUGAACUCUUCUAUGUGCUGAAACAUCCCAAGGAGUCUUUCCACAAUAACUUUGUGUCCCUGGACUGCGAUCAGUGCACCAUGGUUACACAGAACGGCAAACCCAUGUUCACACAGGUGUGUGUGGAGGGCAGACUGUACCUCGAGUUUAUGUUUGAUGACAUGAUGCGUAUAAAGACGUGGCACUUCAGCAUCAGACAGCACAGAGAGGUCGUGCCGAGGAGCAUCCUGGCAAUGCAUGCCCAAGACCCCCAAAUGCUUGACCAGCUAUCAAAAAACAUCACAAGAUGUGGCUUAUCUAACUCUACGCUGAACUACCUCCGACUUUGUGUAAUCCUGGAGCCCAUGCAGGAGCUGAUGUCCAGACACAAGACGUACAGUCUCAGCCCACGAGACUGUCUCAAAACCUGUCUGUUUCAGAAAUGGCAGCGGAUGGUGGCACCACCAGCUGAGCCAGCAAGACAAGCCCCCAACAAGCGAAGGAAACGAAAAAUGUCCGGCGGCAGCACGAUGAGUUCCGGAGGGGGCAACAACAACAACAACAGCAACAGUAAAAAGAAAAGUCCAGCCAGCAGUUUUGCGCUCUCCAGCCAGGUACCUGAUGUGAUGAUGGUGGGAGAGCCCACUCUGAUGGGAGGGGAGUUCGGGGACGAGGAUGAGCGGCUCAUCACGCGGCUGGAGAACACACAGUUUGAUGCGGCCAAUGGCAUCGACGACGAGGACAGUUUCAACAGUUCCCCCGCCCUGGGCACCAACAGCCCCUGGAACAGCAAAGCUCCCUCCAGCCAGGAGAGCAAAAAUGACAACCCCACCUCACAGUCAUCGCAGUAGAAGUGUUAGGGGCUAGCGAAAGGCUCGAGGACCCCUCGCUCGCAAGACCCGGUCCUUGACUUCUGCCUUGAUGAGUCCGUAAUUGGCCAUGCGAGAAAUUGGCUCUCCUCAUCCUCCUCCUCCUCUUUUGCCGUCAGACAUUCCGUUUUGUUGAUUCUUUUGUUUCUUUGAGAGUCGUUUUCCAACACCGUCCGUUUCUGUCUCGAUCAGGCUUAGCGAUCAGGCUGUGGGUUAUUGUUCCAACCUCGGGUCUCUCUGUGCGUGCUGUGCUUUGACACGCAUGGCCGUUUCUGUUGUGCUCACUUGACAGGAAAGGAUCACUUUUUAUCUGACCGUUUAGUGAUAUGACCAUUGUGUGCACCUCAGAUUCAAACCCAAAGCUCCAUUUUUAAAAACUCAAUUAUUUGUUUUGUAGGACCUGGUUGGAACAAAAACCUGUACAGUUCCGGAGCUUGAGGACCGGAGUUGAGAACCACUACGUAAAGUCCUUUAAGUAAAACUAAAUAAAGUGUAAAGCAUCGAGGUUCUUGAGUUUGGUCAUGCCCGAAAUGGUCACUGAGAGCUUGCCUGACCAUUACGCCAGACUCAAAAGAAGUGUUUUCUUUCUUUUUUUUUUUCUUUUUUUUUAAUUGUUUGCAUUCUGUUUAGUUUCUUGUUCUUUUUUUAUUUUUUAUAACGAUUUCUAAAGUGAAAAAAUAAGCAAGCAAACAAAAACUCUAAAUAUCCUUUGCACUCUUGUCACUGUAUUUUGGAGCUAUUUUUCUUAAAAAAUGAUUAUGAUGAAUUUUGUUCUUAUUAAAACAAAAAUUGAUAAUCUUUAACUGGAAAACGCUGUCAAUCUCAAUGUAAAAUAACAAAUUUUGUAUUGUUACUGUUAUCAAUAUUAUUGUAAGUAGAAGCUACUUUGCUCUAAGCUUUACACCUAUCUGUCUUUCUGUUUCUGUUUUAAUCAUCUUUGAUAAUGAGAUUACAUGAUCAUAGCAUGUAUGUCUGGGAACUGCAUGUGUCAGACAUUAGCUAUCGCAGCUGUAACAGUCUCAUUGUUUGCAGGAUCUAAAUCCUACACUGUUAGUACAACGGCUGGUGGCACAUUUUGUCCAGAGACCGUAGCUAUAAACAUUUUGUUUCAUGGAGAUUUUAGCCUAUUGAAAAGAACAGGCCGAGCUCAAUGCCUGUCAUUCACACUGAUUAUUAGUUUGCUUUGAAAGUCUAGAGAAAACAUCAAAUUAGUAUGCCAGCCAUUGUUUUUUCUUACCCGAUGCUACAGACCAAGGAGCAAGAUCCUUUAAUCGACACAUUUAUAUAAUGUUUUUGUUUUUUUUCAUCAUUUUGUUUGUGUAUUUGUGAUUGUAUAUUUAAGAUUGUAGCCAAGUUCUGUAUAAGUGUAAUUCUAUUUACUCUUCUUAGGACCCCUGUGCCCUUCACCCCUUCAUAUGUCAAAAGUAAAGCUGAACCUCUCAUUUUUAAAUUGUUUCUAGAUGCAUUAAAGGUACAACUACCUUUUACACGAGAAGGUAGAUUAUAGUUUUUAAGUCAAUCUACAAUGUAUUUAUUUUUUUAAAGUCUUUGCCAUUGCAUUAUAUAUCGAGACGAUACAUGUUGCUGUGUAUUUGAUGUUGCCUUUGUACAUUAUUUCACUUUGUUUUUUUUUUCCUUAAGCUAAGAUGAUAUAUAAGUCAUUGAAUGAAUCCAUAAGAAUUCUUAAUCAAAUUUGCAUAAUUAAACACAAUCAGGUCAAUAAUCCCAAGAAGCCCCUUUGAGGUUAGUGUAUUAGGUUUUAAAAACACCAGAGGGCACUCCAUUGUUCCACUGAUUUAUAAAAUGGUCUAAGACUAAAUUACAGUUAAAUGUAACCAUUCUAAGGCAUACAAAUCCCAAAUUAUUUUUUCUUCAAUGUCAUUUGUGAAAUACAGUGUUUCCGGUUCAUUUCUCAAAUCGGCCAUAAAGCAGGGGUGCUCUUUUCUGUUUUCAGAGCACCUUUGUGGUUGUUUUACAGAGAUAUUUUUGCCUCGUGUCUGCCAUUGACAGUUGAUAUAUGGUACCAAUAAAACACAUUUUCACAAGC